AUGACAUGUCCACCUUAUUUAAAUCGUCCUGAUUUAACAGAACAAGUUUUAAUUACUAUACCAAAUAUUUCAGCAGAAAAGAGAACUGAAGGACUAAUCUAUCGUACUGGUGAUUUAGCAAGAUUACAAUUAAAUGGUGAAUUAUUAAUUACUGAUAGAAAAGAUAAUCAAAUCAAAUUACGUGGACAACGAAUUGAAUUGGGUGAAAUAGAAAAUGUGAUAUUAUCAUGUUCAAAUGAUAUUAGUAAUUGUGUUGUUAUCAAAAUAAAUAAUAAUAAUAAAACAGAACAAGAUUAUUUAGCUGCAUAUAUACAACUAUCAGAUAAAAAAUUUAAGGAUGAAAACUAUGAAGCAACAAAAUCUCAAAUAAAAGAAUAUUGUCAACAAAAUUUACCUUUUCAUAUGGUACCAUCAUAUUAUGUGAUACUUGAAAAAUUACCACUAAAUACAAAUGAAAAAAUUGAUAGAAGUCAAUUACCACAACCAGAAUUUUCUGAUAUAACACAAAUAAAUUAUAUAAAACCCAAAACUGAUUUCGAAAAACAACUAAAUACUAUGUAA